AUGCUGCAGGGUGUCACUGCUCUCAUUUUUGAGGAAGCUGUCUUUGAGCCAACAUUUUGUCCUGUGUAUGCUCAACUGUGUUCCAAUCUCAAUGAAAAACUUCCUGUAUUGCCCCCUGAAGAAGAAGGUGGGAGGGAGAUUACUUUCAAGCGCAUACUCUUAAAUAAUUGCCAGGAGGCAUUUGAAGGUGCUGAGAAACUGAGGGAUGAAGUCCGAAAGCUGAAUGGACCAGACCAUGAAAUGGAACAUAGAAAUAAAGAGAGAAUAGUGAAGCUCCGAACUCUUGGUAACCUUCGCCUUAUUGGUGAGCUUUUGAAGCAAAAAAUGGUGCCAGAGAAAAUAGUUCAUCAUAUUGUUCAGGAGCUUCUGGGGCAUGAUGGAAAAUCAUGUGCAGCUGAGGAAAAUGUUGAGGCGAUCUGCCAGUUAUUGAAGACCACAGGGAAGCAGUUAGAUGAGAGCCCCAAGUCUCAAAGGUUUAACGAUGUUUAUUUUAACUGGCUGAAGGAGCUAAGUAUCGAUCCUCAAUUGCCACCACCUCUGAGAUUUAUGGUUCAUGAUAUGCUUGACCUACGUGCAAACAAUUGGGUCCCUCAUCAUGAAGUGGUCUAUGUCUCAGCUUGA